GGUGCCUUUAGUGGAUAUAAUCUGCGGUGAGCGGAGCGAGGGUUGAAAGGAUUGGCAGUUUGGAACCGGAUCUUCCUUUCUACUGUCCUUAGACUGCGUGCCACGUUGCCUGCGAAAGGUACUGAGGAGGAAUUUGCCAUACGCAGUGGAUUGGUCUUGGCCCGAAAGGAUAUCCCUAGCUUUUCAUUCUUUAACAGUGCCCUUUUCCUUUCACAAUUCAACCACAAUUCACUGAUGAAGUUCGCUACCCUCACCACCAUCGCCCUCCUGGCUACCAGCGCCUUCGCUGCCGACUCGAACACGGCCAAGCGCACACCGCCUACCAAGCUGCAGAUAGGCGUGAAGUUCCGCCCCGAGGACUGCCCAGUCAAGGCCUCAGUCGGUGACAAGGUCGCGGUGCACUACCAGGGCACGCUCUUCUCGGACGGCACCACGUUUGACGACAGCUACGAGCGCGGCCAGCCGAUCGAGUUCACACUUGGUCAGGGCCAGGUCAUUAAGGGCUGGGACCAGGGCAUCCUGGGUAUGUGCAUUGGUGAGAAGCGCGUGCUCAAGAUUCCCGCGGAUCUGGGCUACGGCGCUGCUGGCGCUGGUGGCGUCAUUCCGCCCAAUGCUGCGCUGGUGUUCAAGACUGAGCUCAUGGCCAUCAACGGGAAGGGCAAGGACGAUGCUGGCGCCGGCCGCGACGAGCUUUAAUAUCUUUAGUCUCAUCCCUUUUUGUGGUCCUUUCAUUAGAUGCACACGUGAUCUUUUUCUGCCUAGGUCGCUGUUGCUGCCACCAAUGCCUCUGUGCAUGGCGGGUCAUUCUACCGAGUAAGCUGAAGGUUGAUCACUGAAGGCCGAUGGCACCGGAGUACGAAAAGCGAUUGGCGCAAG